AUGGAUGUCAAUGGUAAUUUAAAUGUGAGUUCUUCCUUUAGAUCAAAAAAGAGUCAUAGGAAAAAUCAGCAACAACCGCAGCCGCAACCACACCAACAGAAUGAAGAAAUAAAGUAUGUAGGAGUGAGGCGGAGGCCGUGGGGAAGAUAUGCAGCUGAAAUAAGAAACCCUACAACAAAAGAGAGGUAUUGGCUAGGUACUUUUGACACGGCCGAGGAGGCUGCAUUGGCCUAUGAUAGAGCCGCACGGUCCAUAAGAGGCUUGACUGCUCGGACCAACUUUGUCUACUCCGAUAUGCCUCAUGGCUCUUCAGUAACUUCCUUCAUCUCUCCUGAUGAAUCCCAACGUUUCAUUUCCGAGUUAUUCAACCCUCCGUGUCAGCCAGAAGCUCCUGACUAUAGCGCGAACAACAAUCUUUAUUCAUUAACCAACAACCAAAACCAAAACUCUAAUGAGUUCUCAUACAAUGGGUGGCCACAUGAGUCUGAGUGUGGUUAUCAAUCUAUAAACACUAAUGAUGAGCGUUGUGAUCAUGAGCUUCCACCUCUUCCUCCAAGUUCUUGUUUUGGAGCUGAACUUAUAAUUCCAGAGACCGAUAGUUAUUGGAAUGUGGCAAAUGCUAGCAUGGAUUAUUCCUUUGAACUUGAUGCCUUUUUGGAUCAAAACAGUCUUGUUGAGAGUGGAACUGAAGGGUUUGACUCUUCAGCCUCCAAAUUAUUCUACCAAUAA